AUGCCCACGAAGUCUCCCACCAUCACCACGCAUCCCGUCACCGGCUCCGAAAUGGUUUCUCAGGCCCAGAUCCUCGAUCGGUCUAUCCCUAUGCCGAGCGCACCGUCUUCUCUGUCGCGUCAUUCUCACUCCAGCCGGCGACAUCGCUCUAGCCGUUCUCAUCAUGGGGGUCUUGCUCACCAGCCCCAAAAUGACUUCCCCAUUUUCACGCACACGGGCGAUGUGGAGAUUGUGAUUCGUGCGGGUGCCCAGGAGAAGCGGUAUCUUCUACACCGGUUGAUAUUGUCGCAAUGCUCGGGGUUCUUCGAAGCAAGCACCCGCGACGAGUGGUCAGGGCAAACUGUUGCGCGACCAACGAAUCCGGAUCCCGCGGUGCUUUCAAGAAUCAGCGAAGAUAACUCGUCUCUUUCCAACGGCUCGACUCUGGCUCAGUCCGACAUGGGACAAACGUCAUGGGCGCCCGAGAAGAGAAGAUGGCGGUAUGAACUGGACUGGGAGGGCAAGGCGGAGGAUGAGGAGCCAAUUUUGGUCCAAAAGCCACCUAGCUUUUCCAAUGCGUUCGGGAAUGACGCGGGUCACUACCCUCCGGCGACGACAAAGCCUUCUAGUACUCAUGCGGGUUUCGUUCGUUCCAUGGCAAAUCUGGCGGGGAUGCAGUCGGUGGUGAACCUGCCUCACCGAGGGACAGGGGCGAACACGCCGAUGGAUCCCACUGUCCGCGAUUAUGAUAAUCUCUUUCGCUUGUUUUACAACUAUCCCCCGCAUCUGAAUAGCGUGAAUAUUGCGACUGCGUACGCGGAGUGCAGGGCACUGUUGGCACUAGCUGACAUGUAUGACGCGCUGCCAGUCACUGGGCCGCGAGUCGAUCACCACCUUUUAGGCUUUGGCUCCCGGUUGUUCAAGCAGAUCGCCAAGUAUCCUCCGAGUUACCUCAAACUGGGAUUCCUGGCGCGAAGUCGGGUCAUUUACUCGGAAGCCCUGAUUCACGUUGUCGGACAAUGGCCAGUGGGACUGCUUCAUUUGCGCAAUGGCCCGUAUUCGCCUCUUCCAGACACCGUGCUGGACAUCAUCGAGGACAAGGUGGAGGAUCUCGAGUUCAUGAAGGCGCGCGUCGAUUCCAAGCUGCUGCGACUGUCGCUCACUACCUCUCGUGGCGACCGAGUUAGUCCCACGAACGCAUACCUUGAUUGGCUUGCGAUCUCUCUGUUUCGACAAUGGCUGGUGGACAGCACAACGCCACCUCCGGCGCCGAUUCUCAAGAACAACCCCUCUAAUCCUAGCAACCAUCCAAGUCGCUCCUCGCAGCCGACUGGACAUCAUCGCGCUCAAGACUCCUCAUCAGGUCCUUCGAAGACUUCCGCAGCCGCACCCCCAAUGUCCUCGGCGCAGGUAUACCGACUGAUCGGCUCCUCGUCCUCUCAAGCUUAUCUAACGCAUGACGAACUCAAGAAAUUUCUCAAAGUGCACCCAACUCCGUCUACCGAGUCGUUAUACUCCCGGGACGUCCUGAAGCGAUUCGAGCGCAAGAUGGACGAGAUCAAGCGGCUAGCUCGUGAGAUUGUGAAGCCUUUGAUGCGAAAUUUCCUCGAGCUGGACCUGAAGAGUGCUGAAAUGAGUGACACCGGUCUUCCCUAUCUGACGUGCAUCAAAGUCGAGAAAGCCGACGUUCCAUGGGAAUAA